AUAAUAGUUGCAAGAAAAAUAUAAUUACAUACUUUGAAACGAAAUGUAGCACUUUUGCAAAAUUAGUAAUUUGAGAUAAAUUUUUGCUGUAUUACCAUUCGAUUGCACAUCUUCACAAAUGUAUAUGUACAUAAUGGUAAAUACAAGAAGGGAUUCAUUCAGUCGUAUUCAGAAUUUAUUAAACAAUCAAACAUACGUAUAAUAUUGCACUUAUCAAAAUGUCGCAACCUAAAGCGAUCGUCUAGUCAGGAUAGGUAUACCGUUCAUGUUAGCAUGACUGAAGAUAGAAAGAGAACAACAGACGGAAUAAAGGGGCAAGAAUAGAAUUGGGUUUGGCAAGCGUGGUGAUUUUACACCUACCUUUUAACCGAACCGUGGCUGUAUUGUAUUGUAUUCAUUUUAACGAUACGUAUCAUGCUUGGCCCAACUGGUUUCCCUAAGAAGAGUGUAUUUCUAUUCUACAUACUGUUGCAACACUUCAUCAUUGCUGUGAAACAUUUAUCUAACAGCAUCCUUUACCGAAGCUAGUUCCCAACAGAUUACAAAUAUCAGAAAUAUGAGAUUACAGACAGUCGUGAUACGCGUGUCGUAAAAUUAGAACGUACUACGGUCUGUUAAAUAUUUCUCAGUUUUCAACAACCAUGUAUCUCUUUUGAGAAGUAAUAGACUUUUUUUAAGAAUGACUUAAAUAGAUCACCAUCACUAUCGAAGCGCGAUGCUGAAUAUCAUAUUAUUAUGUUGGAUAUGUUGGCUGUUUUGGGCGGGUCUUCCAACACUCACGGCCUAUCCUGUAUCAUCCUCUGUGCGAACGGAUCUGCCAUACUCCUAUGCUUCAUCAAAAUGGGAACGAUAUUGGAUACAAUAUAUCCUUGGCCUUUUGAGUGUUACUGCUACAGCAUUUACUUUGGUUGGUUGCCUUUGUUGUCGAAGACCUAGAAGACCCAAGGGAUUUCAGGACAAAGCAGGAGAGUGCAAUCAGGAAUUCAAAGAUGGAAACAACAUUGGUCAAGAAUCAGUAUUUGAACAUUCUUUCGAAGGUUUGGAAUUGAAUGUUCCACAUAUGUUAGCUAUUUCAGAGAGAGUACAAUUUGAACCUUUGCCUGUAGAGCAUAUUAUAUCUGGACCUAGAAAUGUUUCAAAACCUAAACCAUUACCUUUAUCAACGUCUUUUUUUGAAGAACAUGAUUCUGAUUCUAAUACUCUCCCGGAACAUUGUCAUGAGUGGUUUGAUGCACAAGACUUAUGCAUACCUAGAGAGAAAUUAAAGUAUUUAAGAGAAAUUGGUCAUGGUUGGUUUGGAAAAGUUGUUGAAGGUCGUGCAGACUUAGAAGGUCACAAAAGGACUUCUAAAAAUGGUGGUGUUGUUGUGAGAAUUCUUACAGAAGAAGCUACUAUGAAGGAAAAGGCUUGGUUUCUUGGAGAGGCAACUCCAUAUUUAAAACUACAUCAUCAAAAUAUCUUGGCUUUACUGGGUUUUUGUUUGGAAACUGAUCCAUAUCUGUUAUUAUUUGAAUCAUGUCCAGCAGGUGAUCUUAAAGGUUUUUUAUUAUCAAAUCAUGAUAAAAAAUCUCAAGAAGCGCUUAAUAAAGAAAACAUCCCAAUUCGAAUGGCACUGGAUAUUGCUGCUGGCUUAAAACAUAUGCAUAGUCAUGGAUUUGUACAUACAGAUUUAUCUGCUAGAAAUUGUUUAGUGGCAUCAGAUUUGUCAGCAAAAUUGGGAGAUUAUGGGACUGGUGUAGAGAAAUAUCCUGAAGAUUAUUAUGUAGUUGGAGACCGUGCAUUGCCUAUUAGGUGGUCAGCACCAGAAAGUGUAGAGUGUACUGAUACUACUAUUGAAACAAGAGAAAUUACAUCUCAAGCAAAUAUGUGGAGUUACGCUAUUUUUCUUUGGGAAAUUAUUACAUGGGGAAACAGACCAUACCAUGAUAAGAGUGAUGAACAAGUAAUUCAAAUGCUUUUACCUUUAAGAACUGAUCUUUUAUUAAAUGCUAUACAAGUGUUGCAAACAUACCUAGAAAAUUGUCCGUCAAACAUAUAUCAAGCAAUUCAUUUAUGUUUGAAUUUAAAUUCACAGAAAAGACCAAAUUUGGACGAGAUUAAGCAACUCCUUUUGAAUGAAUAUACUGAGUACUUGGAUUUUGAACAAAGGUGGGAGAAUUUACGAGUUAAUGCUAAACAUGUUCGAAGUGCUAGUUUACAAGAUCUUCGAGGAAGUAUUGAUUCAGAUUAUUGGACCACUAUUGUUGAUGAUACGCCACGACAGUCGUCAUUUCGACUCGGACCCAAUGAACUAGUAAAAAAUGUACCAAAUGUUAAAAAUAUUAUUCAUCAUGAAUCUAGUUCCGAAACUGAAGAAGAAAGUUGGAAAGGACGAAUUGAACAAGGAGUUUAUACAGAGAAAGUCAAACAAAAAUCCAAAUCUGUUACUGAUUUAAUGGUACUUGUACAUAUCGAUUUUGAUUCUGAUGCAGAAUUAUCGAUGGGUGCUCAAAUGUCGGAAAAAUAUGGGAAAAAGAAAUUGCCCGCUACCGGCAGUGAUAGUGAUCUUAGACACAGCCUCCAUACAGAUGAAUUUGAUGAAACAUUAAGAAAAUUACGCGAUCCUUUGCCAAAUAAUACUUGUAAUAAAAUCAAAAUGCUAGAUAUUUCAGAAAAGCCAAAAUUAUUGACAUUAACCAUGGAUCAAGCUCAAACUCCGAUUUUGAGAUUAUCUUUAAAUGAUAAAGAAUCUGAUAUUAGACCUAUUGCAAAUGCAACUACAGAAAUACGUAAUGAAAAACAUGUAUUAAGACUCUUAUCAAAAGGAGAUCCUAAUCUUCCUCUUUUACGUUAUGUACCUGAUGACACAUCAUGUGAAAUGCUAAAAGAAAACAACAAAUUCCAAUCUAAUGAUACAUUUAAUUAUGAAAACAGCAAUAAUAUUUGUUUUCCUAAUAACAUGUCAGUUACUUUUGGAACUAAUGAAAGCAAUGUAGUUGAUGUUGCACUUUGGAAUCAUGUAUUAGAUUCUGCUUUAGAAAAAAAGGUACCUGGUUUCUUGGAUGAAGGUGAGUUUAAUGAAUAUAUAGAAUCUUCAUCUAAACAAGAGAAUACCCCAUCAAAAUUAACUGUAACUACUGAAUCUAUGUCAGAUACUUUGCAAACUCAGAAACACUCUACAUAUAAUGCAAGUGAUAAAUUUUCUAAUGAAGAAGAUACAGAUAUAAACAGAAGAUGUGUACCAAAUGAAGAUGAAGAAGAAAGAAAGCAAUUAUCCACACCUGAUGAUGAACAAAGUUCUGAUUCUGGAUUUAGAGAUAAAGAAUCCUGUGAAGAAGAAGAAAAUGUUUAUGCUUUAAUUCCUUCCACCUCUACUGAUAAUUCUACAGUGAAUAUACCAGCAUGUACUGAAGAAGAACAGUUACAAAUUUUAUUCGAACUGGAUACUAUUCUUGAUGCAGAAUACUAUGCAACACUUCCUAGUUCUGAAAAAAUAGUAGAAAAUUUAACUUCAAUUAAUCAUACAGAAAAUAAAAUUCUUUGUAUGAAUGAAGACGAAUCUGAUUCUAUUCAUACUAUAGACACUAUAGUUGAAAUAGAGAAUAAUGAAAAUACUCCUAAUAUUAAUUUAGUAGAAGAUGAUAUUAUUAAAUCAGUAUCAGAAAAUAAACAAGAAAUACAAACAAUAAAUGUUACUGAAACUAUGGAACUAAAAAAUUCAAGUGAUAUCAAUUCUCUUUCUCAAGAAAUAGAUUUACAACAACAUAAUAUAGAAAUAAAUGUCAAACAUUUCAAAGAACAAGAUGGAUUAAAAUAUUUACAAAAUAAAGAUGAAAAUGAAAUUGAAAAUAAAAAUGAAAAUGAUAUUAUUAUUAAUAAAAGAGAAUUUGAAAUAAAUGAAAAUAAAAAUAAAUGUGAAAAUAAUAUUGAAAAAAGUGAAGAAAAUGAAAAUGUAAGUGUAAAUAAAAAUAAAGUUGAAGAUAAAAAUGAUGAAGAAAAUGAAGGUAGAAGCGGCAAACAUCAUAUUGAAAAUAGUAAUGAAAGUGAAAAUGAAAAAGAAAUAGAAAAAAAGAGUGAAAACGACAUUGAAGAUGAAGAUAGUUCUACAAUGAGUUUACGUAGUGAUAAUUCUUAUGUAUCAUUUGACAUAGAAGAAGAGUUUGUAACUGCAAUUCGAAAUGAGCUUAGAGAGAAAUUGCCUUGUGCGCAGAUGUCUGUUGUAGAACCAUUAGAAGCUCAUGAUGAUGAUAAUCCUUCUAUAUCUAGUGAUAUAGAUUGUAAACAUUGGGAUGAUGAUGAUAGCGAAGAUUCUUCUAAUCAAGGUAGUGGAGGAGUGGGUAUCUCAAUAAGGUAUAAUGUGUAUGAUUCUCCACUCAGUCCAAUCCAAGAAGAACGAGAAAGUACUCUGACUUCAGAGUCUUUAAUAUCAAAUUCUAUAGAUACAUCAAUUGCUUCAAAAGAAUCUAUUGCUUCAGAUGACGUCUUAUUAGUUGAUACUCGAACAAAUAAAAUGAUUUUGUUAGAAGGAUUAGGAGAAAAACUGCAAGAUGAUGAACGAGAUACAACUAAUGGAGAUUUAUCUGAAGAAGAAAAUUUGGAUUAUAAUUGUUCGGUAGUUCGUUCUUGUGAUGAUAAAUCGCAUAUUAUGGUUGCGAGUGGUGGAGCACCUUUACCAAGUCCAGAAGAAGAAACUAAAUGGCAACAAUUACCUCCAUCAUUUCCGUUACCAUUGCCUCUACCAUUAGAAGAUGAUUUAAUGUCAACAAGUUUUGGAACAGAGCAUGAAUGGGGUAGUCAGGAUGAAGAUGAUGAAGAAGAAGAGGAAGAAGAUGAAGAAGAAGAGGAUGAAAACAAUAGCUCUAGUUCUGGAGAAUUUGUCUGGAAAAGAUAUAAUGAAUCCCAUGUUGAGCAAGUUCAAAUUCGAAGUGUAAGUAAUAAUGAAGAAGCAAUAAUACAUGCUGAUGUAGAGGAUGAAAUGGAUGUAGAGGAAGAAGGGGAGGAUGAAGAAGAAGAGGAGGAAGAAGAAUUUACACCAUCAGCUUGGAAUGCAACAUUAGAGCCUCAUCGUUCUGCAUUAAGAUCUCCAGAUAAAACAUUAAAAUCUAAUGAUGAAUCGGAUCAAAAAAAGAGUGUAUGGUUUAAGAAACAACGCUAUCACUGUGUAUAUGAAUAUCCAAAGGAAACAAUGGCUAUAGAAACUCAAGGAGAAUCAACUACUACGUGGGAGCCAACUUCAUAUAGUGAUUGGGAGGAAAUGAUAGAUGAACCACGAUUAGAUCUAUAUUCUCUUGAUUAUGAUGAUACCAAUCAUACUGGAAGUGAAGAAUUUUUUGUGAGCAGUUCAAAUCGUCCGUUUCAAUUUCAAACUAGCGAAAGUAAAUAUGUAAGUCAAUUCUUUCCUGGUGCAUCUACAUCAAUGACUGAAGAACGAGAUGAAAUAGAUGGUGAUCAACAAGGAAUACCACAAAACGGAAUAGACUUGUUAAGUGAUUGUAGUCAGAGUCAACAAUAUCAAUUAGGAGAGCUGAGGCAUACUAGAGAUCGCUUAAAAUUGAAUUUAUCUAUAACUGACGCAUCUUUUGUUUCUAUUAAACAAACGAAAGAGGAUAAUGUAGAGCAUGAUACAGAAAACGUGUCAGAAUUUUCAGAAAAUAUAGACUUUACGCAGGACCAACAUAUUCUAUCAAACUCCUCGAAUUACAAUAUGUUACCAACGGUGCCUCCCAAAGACAUUCAAGAAAAAAAAAGUCUUGAUCCGACUUCUUCAAAAAGUGCCCAAUGUGAUAGUCAACAAAAGAUUGAACCUGUCGACAAGUGUAGUGUUUUGACGCAGAACUAAUAUGUUUCAACGAUAGUAAAAUGUUAAAAAAAAUAAUUUAGCUGAAGUCCGUCCGAAAUAAUUUCGUUGCAAAAAUAUAGUGACUACUCAGAGUUCACUAUUAAUUGAAUCUCGAAUUAUUGUACAUAAGAUGUAGCAAAUUUUUAUUAUGGCUGAGAUUCAAUCGAUUGUCUAUAGUAUUAUAUUAAAUUUUGGUUUGUAUAGAAACAGUAAUAUAAAUAGAGCUUAAUGUUUAUAUAAUUUUUGAUACGAUUAGCUUCUCGACGACAAAGAAACGAAAAUGUUAAUUAAAUAGCAGACAAUCGAUUUUUAAAAGCUACAUCAAAACUAUUGAAUAAUUUCGUUUCGUAUCUGUAAAUAUUUAUUAAACGUCGUUCAGUAAAUAAUCGUUAUCAGAGAAGUAGAAAUUAAGUUAAUGUUAUUACUUUCAUUGAUGAUAUAUGAUAAUUAUUCAUACUGAUUUUUAAUUGUUGUUAUUUUUAAAUAUGGUAUCUUCUUUGGUAUUAAAAUCAUAUUAGUAGAAAAAACAGCUCUCUACUCAAAGUAUUAUAGUGUCAAUCAAGGGACGGUACUAUGAUCAAGUCUCAAUAUUUAGCUAAACGUGUAUAGCGAUUGAUGCACGAAUAAGUUUUUAUAAAUGUGUAUUGUAUCGUUACUUUUACUAGAACUGUGAUGGGCACAAUUUGUGUACUUUUAUUUCAGUUAAUUUGAUGACUCAAAUUAGUAAAACUGCAGAUAAAGUAGCACAGGAAACAGGCUGCCGUACUUUUUCGCAUACUAUUUUCAAUAUUUUUAAAUAUUUUUGAGCACUUCUUGUAGCCUUUUUAACAAUUUUUAAUAUUUAGAUAAUUUUUUACAGAAGAAUAAUAUUAGAUGAAAUAUAAGUGCACAAAAAAGAAAGUUAUUAACUAUUAAAUUCACAAUACGCAAGUUUAUUUGAGUAUGAAAAUGAACAACAAAAAUAUGUUAAUAAUUGUUAAUUAUUGAUAUUGUACGAUUUUUGCGAAAAUAUCUUCCAAAGUUUUCAUAUUGCUACAACAAAACAUAACGGCAAAAUAGAUUAGAUUAAUAAAAAAUAUUUAAAAAUACAAAUAAUAUCAACAUACUCGAUACAUGCACCAAUAUAUAAUUUCAUUAACAUAUGUGAAAUCGAAAAUGUAUAUGUUAUAACUAUUAAUGGCACUGCGAUUAUUAUGCAGUUUUACUACCAUUACAAUUAUUAUUAUCAUUAUUGAUAAUGCUAACUCUGUGCUCAUUAUAAUACAUAGGAUAUUAAUAGAGAACAAUUAAUAUAUUGUUAUACAAAGCAGACAUUGGUUUAAGCAGA